AUGACAGAUACGCAGUCAGCGUUAUUAUUGAGAAAACAGCUUGCAGAAUUGAACGAAAACCCGGUAGAAGGUUUUUCAGCAGGCCUAAUAGACGACAACGACAUCUACAAAUGGGAAGUGCUGAUCAUAGGCCCGCCAGAUACCCUCUACGAAGGCGGUUUCUUCAAGUGUCACCUGUACUUUCCCAAGGAGUAUCCGCACAGGCCACCAAAGAUGAAAUUCGUCACCGAAAUUUGGCAUCCCAAUAUAGACAGAAACGGGGAUGUGUGCAUUUCGAUUCUGCACGAGCCUGGAGAUGACCAGUAUGGCUACGAAAAAGCCUCGGAAAGGUGGUUGCCCGUGCAUUCGGUAGAAAGUAUCUUAUUGUCUGUUAUUUCCAUGUUGGCUGAUCCCAAUGAUGAGUCACCGGCCAAUGUCGAUGCUGCUAAAGAAUGGCGGGAAUCGUACGCUGAGUUCAAGAAAAAGGUAGCGCGCUGUGUUCGAAAGUCCCAAGAGGAAGAAAUGUAA